AUUAAAAAAAAGAAGACAAAUUUACUCCUUUAGUUUACAUGCUGUGGAUUUAGAGCGUAGAGUAUAGCAGAGAGAGAGAGAGAGAGAGAGAAAGGGAGAUGGAUCUGCUCGCCAACAGAGUGCAGAGAAGUGAGAUCAAGCUCGGAGACCACAUCUACACCUACAGAGCUGUCGUCACCUACUCCCACCACGGUAUCUUUGUUGGGGAAAACAAGGUGGUCCAUUUCACACCUGAUAGAGAUUCGAAUUCAAACAUUUGGGUACCUAGCUUUUAUAAGUCAACGUUGACAUGUUCUUCCUUUUCCGACUGUGGAUUUGGGCAAUCCAACAGGGGUGUAGUCCGCUCUUGCCUGGAUUGUUUCCUUGGAAAUGGAUCUCUGUAUCGUUUCGAAUAUGGAGUUUCUCGAUUAGUUUUCUUUGCUCAUGUGCGGGGUGGCACAUGCUCCACUGCAAAAUCUGACCCACCAGAAGCAGUUAUUCACCGAGCGUUGUAUCUUCUUGAAAGUGGAUUUGGCAAUUAUGAUGUGUUUCAAAACAACUGUGAAGACUUUGCGCUUUAUUGCAAAACUGGUCUUCGAGUAGUAGACGAAAUAAACACUGGUAUUGGAACAAGUGGUCAAGCCUUUUCUGUGGUUGGUGGCAUUGGUGCCUCAUUGCCUGGCCUUAUUUUUUCUUAUCUGAAGCGGAAGAAUCCAAGUCCUGUUUGUGCAGCUACUUUUUCGGCUGGGAUGUACUGUAUGAACAGGUAUAAAACUGACAUUGGCGUUCGAGAUGAUGUGAUCAAGGUGGCAGUGGAGGACUUGGCUGUGAACCUGGGUUGGGCAGGCCCUCAUGAGGAAGUAGCUGAUGAAAGUGAGGCUUCAGAGCAAGAUCUUGUUGACUCUGCAGUGUUAGUUUCAAUUCUUGAUGGAACGAAUUUCUCUAAUUGGUCGGAACAAGUUCAGUUUUACCUUGGUCUUUGGGAUCGUGAUUUGGCACUCCGGAUUGAGAGACCGCCUACUAUCACUGAUUCAAGUAGUAUUGAAGAAAAGGCUAUAUACAAGACUUGGGAGCAAUCGAAUAGAUUGAGCAUUAUGCUUAUGCAAACGAAAAUAGCAGACAAUAUCAAAUCAACUCUUCCUGAAUGUGAUAGUGCUAAGGAACUCUUUCAAACCUUGGAAGAGCGUUUCCGAUCGGUUGACAACUCUCUUACGAGGACAUUGAUGGAUGAACUUACCACUAUGAAAUUUGAUGGUACACGUGAGAUGCAUGAGCAUAUCAUUGAAAUGGCAGGCCCUCAUGAGGAAGUAGCUGAUGAAAGUGAGGCUUUAGAGCAAGAUCUUGUUGAUUCUGCAGUGUUAGUUUCAAUUCUUGAUGGAACGAAUUUCUCUGAUUGGUCGGAACAAGUUCAGCUUUACCUUGGUCUUUGGGAUCGUGAUUUGGCACUCCGGGUUGAGAGACCGCCUACUAUCACUGAUUCAAGUAGUAUUGAAGAAAAGGCUAUAUACAAGACUUGGGAGCAAUCGAAUAGAUUGAGCAUUAUGCUUAUGCAAACGAAAAUAGCAGACAAUAUCAAAUCAACUCUUCCUGAAUGUGAUAGUGCUAAGGAACUCUUUCAAGCCUUGGAAGAGCGUUUCCGAUCGGUUGACAACUCUCUUACGAGGACAUUGAUGGAUGAACUUACCACUAUGAAAUUUGAUGGUACACGUGAGAUGCAUGAGCAUAUCAUUGAAAUGGCAAAUUUAAUUACUAAAUUAAAGGCUCUUGGGAUGAAUGUGAAUGAGUUAUUUCUCGUACAAUGGAUUUUAAGCUCUUUGCCUCCUCAGUAUGAGUCAUUUCAAAAUCAUUACAUUAAUACAACUAAAGAUAAUUGGAAUGUAAAUGAAUUGAUCAGUUUGCUUCUUCAAGAAGAGACAAGACUUGAGCAACAAAGACAUUAUUCAAAUCACCUUGUAAGUCAACAAGACAGAAGGGUAGAGCUACUUGAAGUUAGUGGACCUCCUCAAGUAAUUGAGGUUCAUGAGAAUAGACAAAACAAUGUCAUAGAGCCACCUGAAGUUAAUGAACAUCCUCAAGUAAUUGAGGUUUAUAGGAGGAGACAAAACAAUCUCAAGUGCUAUUUCUGUGGUAUGAAUGGGCAUAAAAAGAAAAAUUGCCACAAACGCAGGGCAUGGUUUGAAGAGAGAGGGCUUCCUUACCAUCCAGACCUUAAACUGAGAUGAAAAUUUCAUAUUCAUGGAAAAUGGAGUCAAAUUUGCAAUUGUUGCCAUCAGGACCUUCAUUUGUUUCUAAGUACUAGUUGAUACUUAUGUUUGUUUCAAACACUUUGUCUCUUUUGUUUCUUGAAAUUUUCUUUGUCUAAACUUGAUCUUUAUAGCUAUGUGAUGGUUUCAGAUAAGGUUGUACAUGGGGUGGGAUAUUAACUGCAACUAUCUGCUAUCCGCAUAUGUUGAUCCAGUUAACAAAAGUCAAUAUUCAUAUAUACGGAUGCGGAUAUCAGUUUCAGAGUAUGUAGAUGCGGUCAUUAUGUA